AGCCUUCAGUAUCUCAUGCUCCUCCCAUCCAUCCUCCAAGCUCAGCACAAGACGGUCACUAGCGGAGGAGCCGGGAGCCGUCCAGACGGAUCAGCACCGGGGACAGCGGCCGCUAAUAGAGGAGCCUCAGCCGCGUCAGCACCGGGGACAGCGGCCGCUAAUAGAGAAGCCUCAGCCGCGUCAGCACCAGGGACAGCGGCCGCAGAUCAGCCCCGGAUCACUGCAACUUCCCGAGGAUCCCGUGUAAUCCCCCAGCACAAAGCCCUGUAAAUCCCAGAGGUGUGAGCCAUCUAUAGACACUCAGGGGUCUCCUGCCCGGCCACUGACACAAAGUAAGCUCGGAGGAGGAGGGGGGCCGGAGGAAGAGGCUGCAGCUCACCCGGAUCCUGUGCUGGGACCAGCAGCCUCCCCUGUCUGUGUCUUAUCCCUGCACCAAACAUGGCCGAGAUGCAUAACCUUCAGGAGCUGAGAAGAAGCGCCUCCCUGGCCACCAAAGUCUUCAUACAAAGGGAUUACAGUGAAGGGACCAUGUGCCAAUUCCAAACCAAGUUCCCGGCAGAGCUGGACAGUCGGAUCGAAAAGCAGCUGUUUGAAGAAACGGUGAAGACCCUCAACAUGUACUACAUGGAAGCCGAGAAGAUCGGGGGCAGCUCCUACCUGGAGGGGUGCUUGGCUUGUGCCACGGCCUAUUUCAUCUUCCUCUGCAUGGAAACGCACUAUGAGAAGGUGUUGAAGAAAAUCUCCAAAUACAUCCAAGAACAGAAUGAAAAGAUAUACGCUCCCAGGGGCCUCUUAAUUACCGACCCGGUGGAGCGGGGGAUGCGUGUUAUUGAAAUCUCCAUCUAUGAAGACCGAUGCAGCAGUGGCAGCACCAGCAGCAGUGGCAGCAGCAGCACUACCAGCAGUACUGGAGGAGGAGGAGUAGCGGGUCGUGCCCGAUGACUGGCAGAGAGUCCCUGUGGGGACUUGUACUGCCGAGACGAUGGCCUUUCUGAAAUAAGGAGACUGAGAUAUCAGAGCACACGGUUCUAGGCCCGUAUGAUAGUAGAACUAGGAAGGAAAAACAGUAUUAACACCAUAGCAUUUUUUUUUAUUGACUAACCUGAGCCACAAACUGCGAUCAUCUUCUGUUUUUUACAUCCUGCCUGAUAUAAAUAUUUACCUGGUUC